AACAUUGUCACUUUUGUGAAAAAGGAGCUGAAGAAGAUGCAGAAGGUUCUGAGUCCAGGUGACCCAGAGUGUUCAGGGAGCAAGAUAGAUGAGGUGUGUGAAGGAGAAGAUGAAGAGCAGAGGAGGAGCAGCAGAGAGGCACUGAUGAAGAUCACACUGAACUUCCUGAGGAUGAUGAAGCAGAAGGAGCUGGCUGACCGUCUGCAGAGCAACCAGCCUGCUGCAGUUUAUCAACAUAAAAUUAAAUCUGGCCUGAAGAAGAGGUUCCAGAGUGUGUUUGAGGGGAUCGCUAAACCAGGAAGUCCAACUCUUCUGAACGAGAUCUACACAGAGCUCUACAUCACAGAGGGAGGGACUGGAGAGGUCAAUGAUGAACAUGAGGUCAGACAGAUUGAAUCAGCAUCCAGGAAAUCACACAGACCAGAAACAACAAUCAGAAAAGAAGACAUCUUUGAAGUCCCACCUGGAAGGGAUCAACCAAUCAGAACCGUGAUGACAAAGGGCGUGGCUGGCACUGGAAAAACAGUUUUAACACAGAAGUUCAUUAUGGACUGGGCUGAAGACAAAGCCCAUCAGAACAUCCAGGUCAUAUUUCCUUUUACCUUCAGAGAGUUGAAUGUGCUGAAAGAGAAGAAGUUCAGCUUGGUGGGCCUUGUUCAUCACUUCUUUACUGAAAACAAAGAAAUCUGCAAAUUUGAACACUUCCAGGUUCUGUUCAUCUUUGAUGGUCUGGAUGAGAGUCGACUUACUUUGGACUUCCAGAACCAGGAGAUCCUCACUGAUGUUACAGAGUCCACCUCAGUGGAUGUUCUGGUAACAAACCUCAUCAGGGGGAAACUGCUUCCCUCUGCUCGCCUCUGGAUCACCUCACGACCUGCAGCAGCCAAUCAGAUCCCUCCUGAGUAUGUCGGCAUGGUAACAGAGGUCAGAGGGUUCACUGACCUGCAGAAGGAGGAGUACUUCAGGAGGAAAUUCAAAGAUAAGGAGCAGGCCAGGAGGAUCAUCUCCCACGUGAAGACAUCAAGAAGCCUCCACAUCAUGUGCCACAUCCCAGUCUUCUGCUGGAUGACUGCUACGGUUCUGGAGGAUGUGUUGAAGACCAGAAAGAGAGAAAAGCUGCCCUCCACCCUAACUGAGAUGUACAUUCACUUCCUGGUGGUUCAGACCAAAAUGAAGAAGGUCAAGUAUGAUGGAGGAACUGAAACAGAACCACACUGGAGUCCAGAGAGCAAAGAAAUGAUUGAGUCUCUGGGAAAACUGGCUUUUGAUCAGCUGCAGAAAGGAAACCUGAUCUUCUAUGAAUCAGACCUGACAGAGUCUGGCGUUGAUAUUACAGCAGCCUCAGUGAACUCAGGAGUGUUCACAGAGAUCUUUAAAGAGGAGAGAGGGCUGUAUGAGGAGAAUGUGUUCUGCUUCGUCCAUCUGACUGUUCAGGAGUUUCUGGCUGCUCUUCAUGUCCAUCUGACCUUCACCACCUCUGGUGUAAACCUGAUGGAAGAAAAACAAACAUCUAAGAAGUCUAAUCUAAAGUCUCUUCAUCAGAGUGCUGUGGAUCAGACCUUAAAGAGUCCAAAUGGACACCUAGACUUGUUCCUCCGCUUUCUUCUGGGACUUUCACAAGAGAACAAUCAGAGACUCCUACAAGGUCUGCUGACACAGACAGGGAGUAGCUCACAGACCAAUCAGAGCACAGUUACGUACAUCAAAAAGAAGAUCAGUGAGAACUUGUCUGCAGAAAAAAGCAUCAAUCUGUUCCACUGUCUGAAUGAACUGAAUGAUCGUUCUCUAGUGGAGGAGAUCCAACAGUCUCUGAGUUCAGGACGUCUCUCGACAGAUGAACUGUCUCCUGCUCAGUGGUCAGCUCUGAUCUUCAUCUUACUGUCAUCAGGAGAAGAUCUGGAUGAGUUUCAUCUGAAGAAAUACUCUGCUUCAGAAGAUGCUCUUCUGAGGCUGCUGCCAGUGGUUAAAGCCUCCAACAAAGCUCUACUGAGUGGCUGUAACCUCUCAGAGAGAAGCUGUGAAGCUCUGUCCUCAGUUCUCAGCUCCCAGUCCUCCCGUCUCAGAGAACUGGACCUGAGUAACAACAACCUGAGGGAUUCAGGAGUGAAGAUACUCUGUGCUGGACUGGAGAACCCAAACUGCAAACUGCAAACUCUCAGCUUGUCAGGCUGUCUGAUCUCAGAGGAAGGCUGUGCUUCUCUGGCUCUUGCUCUGAGCUCCAACCCCUCCUAUCUGAAAGAGUUGGAUUUGAGAUACAAUAAUCCAGGAGACUCAGGAGAGAAGCUGCUGUUGGCUGGAUUGAAUGAUCCACUGUGGAGACUGAAACAGCUCAGAGUGGAGCCUGGUGGAGAACAAUGGAUGAAACCCGGUCUGAAGAAGUAUUCCUGUCAACUCAGAAUCGAUACAAACACAGUGAGCAAAAAACUCAAACUGUCUGAAAACAACAGGAAGGUGACCUAUGGGGAGGGGGAGCAGUCAUAUCCUCAUCAUUCAGACAGAUUUGUUGUUCCUCAGAUGCUGUGUAGAACUGGUCUGACUGGUCGCUGUUACUGGGAGGUUGAUUGGGAAGGGAGAGUUAAUGUAUCAGUGAGUUACAAAAGAAUCCAGAGGAAAGAAGAUGGUGGAGACUGUUGGUUUGGAUGGAAUAAUCACUCCUGGAGGCUGAGAUGCUCUGACAGAGGUUACUUUGUCUGGCACAAUAACACACGAACCUUCAUCUCCUCCUCCUCCUCCUCCUCCUCCUCCUCCUCCUCCUCCUCCUCCUCCUCCUCCUCCUCCUCCUCUGGCAGAGUAGCAGUCUAUGUGGAUUGUCCUGCUGGCAUUCUGUCCUUCUACAGGGUCUCCUCUGACUCACUGAUCCACCUCUACACCUUCAACACCACAUUCACUGAUCCUCUGUAUCCUGGGUUUGGGUUUUGGAAGUCCAGUUGUGUUUCCUCAGUGUUUUUGUGCGAUGUUGAGUCUAAUGAGACUCCUCCACUCUGAGAAACCAUCUCACUGUUGAACAGAUAGUUCAGUCUGUACAUGUCUGUCAGUCUUUUACACUUAGCAACAUGUUUACAAAUUCAUAGAUUAAAUCUUUAUUUUUCUUUU